UCGACUUCAAGUUCUGUCUCCCCUUUGGCACUUAGUGGCUGGGUGUUCUUGGCUUAACUGAACUCUGAGCUUUACUUUCAUCAUCUUCAAAUGGGGAUAAUAACCCUAUUCUGCCUACUGCAUGGGCUUCUGAGAAUACUCAACAAAAUAAUUAAAAGCAUUCCGAAAACCAUCUAUUUCACAUGGUCAAGUCUUGCAAAUGCUGAUGUAACCACUGACUUCUGAAGUAGCCCACCCUGGUCAGGAAAUGGCUGUGAAAACUUCCAUCUUUCUGAGGCCUGUAGAUGUGUAAGUGAUGGAGUUUUACUCCUUUUCACCAGGGAGGUUUGGAUGUACUAGGCUGUGAGAACCAUCAUCUGUGUUUGGGCUGAAAAUUUGAUAGCAUACAUGAAUAACAGCUUAGCAACAGCUAUGCUGCAUGUACCAGGAGAGGCGGGUGGUCCCCAUUAGUGAGGCAUGAAUUGAGGGUGAGUGUCUCAACCUUGAGAUGCAGAAAGGUCGUUUUCAUUAAGAGAGCGGCCUCUCCUGAACCUUUAGGCAGGCAGUGUAAAUAUACGUUGAAAUAAUCCAUCAGCCGAGUGACUUCCCUUCGUCAGACCUUGGAGAGAGAUUCUAGCUACUGCUUAGAAUACCACUAAGCGAUCAGAGUUGCCUAGGAUACCAGUCACAUGGGCCCAUCUCCCAGACUUGCUCAAAAUGAUUUAUUUUCCUUUAUUUUAGAGAGAAGUGGGGGAGGGGUCAGAGAGUCUUCCAAACCUUUGUCCUCCUAUAGAAGGGCCUUUGUGUGAAAGCAUCCUUACCACUUCCCUGUGCCUAAGCCCUCAGCAGCCCUUGCCCUUGGCAGUGGGGACUAAAAUAGCAUUUCCUGUCCCAGUUCUCUUCCCCAUUUUCUGAAUUCUGCAUCAUCCUACGCAGAGGAGGCUCCACAUUGUGUCCUUUGAGGGUGAUGGAGUGGCAACAAUAAGUAGCAAGGAGACCAGAGAGUUUGUGGUUGGGCCCUGCUGAACUGGGAUCUUUCUAGGAUGGCUGCCGAACGGAAGUAGACUGGCUUCUUCAGCUAACCACUCAACCAUGAGGAUUCUGUCUUUUCAGAUCUGUCUUGGAGUAUGUGCGUCUCCCUCCCAAGGCAGCUGUGUCUGUGUGUGCAUCUUGAAGAAGUAGAGCUCACUGGAAAGGAUGCCACCACCAUCUGACAUUGUCAAGGUGGCCAUCGAGUGGCCAGGUGCUAAUGCCCAGCUUCUUGAAAUUGACCAGAAACGGCCCCUGGCCUCCAUCAUUAAGGAGGUCUGUGAUGGGUGGUCGUUGCCUAACCCAGAGUACUACACCCUGCGAUAUGCAGACGGUCCCCAGCUCUACAUCACGGAACAGACUCGCAGUGACAUUAAGAAUGGGACAAUCUUACAAUUGGCUAUAUCCCCGUCCCGGGCUGCACGCCAGCUGAUGGAGAGGACCCAGUCAUCCAACAUGGAGACCCGACUGGAUGCCAUGAAGGAACUGGCCAAGCUCUCAGCUGAUGUGACUUUUGCUACUGAGUUCAUCAACAUGGAUGGCAUCGUUGUGCUGACGAGGCUUGUGGAAAGUGGGACCAAGCUCUUGUCUCACUACAGUGAGAUGCUGGCAUUCACCCUGACUGCCUUCUUAGAGCUCAUGGACCAUGGCAUUGUCUCCUGGGACAUGGUUUCAGUCACCUUUAUUAAGCAGAUUGCAGGGUAUGUGAGCCAGCCCAUGGUGGAUGUGUCAAUCCUUCAGAGGUCCCUGGCCAUCCUGGAGAGCAUGGUCUUGAACAGCCAGAGUCUCUACCAGAAGAUAGCAGAGGAAAUCACCGUUGGACAACUCAUCUCGCACCUGCAGGUCUCCAACCAGGAGAUUCAGACCUACGCCAUCGCACUGAUUAACGCACUUUUUCUGAAGGCUCCUGAGGACAAACGACAGGAUAUGGCCAAUGCAUUUGCGCAGAAGCACCUUCGAUCCAUAAUCCUGAAUCAUGUGAUCCGAGGGAACCGCCCAAUCAAAACGGAGAUGGCCCAUCAACUCUAUGUCCUUCAAGUCCUGACCUUUAACCUUCUGGAAGAAAGGAUGAUGACCAAGAUGGACCCUAAUGACCAGGCUCAAAGAGAUAUUAUAUUUGAACUAAGGAGGAUAGCCUUCGAUGCCGAGUCUGACCCUAGCAGUGUUCCUGGGAGUGGGACCGAAAAACGCAAAGCCAUGUACACCAAGGACUACAAAAUGUUGGGAUUUACUAACCAUAUCAACCCAGCCUUGGACUUUACCCAGACUCCUCCUGGAAUGCUGGCCUUGGACAACAUGCUGUACUUGGCUAAAGUUCACCAGGACACCUACAUCCGGAUUGUCUUGGAGAACAGCAGCCGAGAAGACAAACAUGAAUGCCCCUUUGGCCGUAGUGCUAUUGAACUCACCAAAAUGCUCUGUGAAAUCCUGCAGGUUGGGGAACUGCCAAAUGAAGGGCGCAAUGACUACCACCCGAUGUUCUUUACCCAUGACCGAGCAUUUGAAGAGCUCUUUGGAAUUUGCAUCCAGCUGUUGAACAAGACCUGGAAGGAGAUGAGGGCAACAGCAGAGGACUUCAACAAGGUUAUGCAAGUGGUCCGAGAGCAGAUCACUCGAGCUUUGCCCUCCAAACCCAACUCCUUGGAUCAGUUCAAGAGCAAACUGCGUAGCCUAAGCUACUCUGAGAUCCUAAGACUGCGCCAGUCUGAGAGGAUGAGUCAGGAUGACUUCCAGUCCCCACCGAUUGUGGAGCUGAGGGAGAAGAUCCAGCCUGAGAUCCUUGAGCUGAUCAAGCAGCAGCGCCUGAACAGGCUCUGUGAGGGCAGCAGCUUCCGAAAAAUCGGAAAUCGCCGAAGGCAAGAACGGUUCUGGUACUGCCGUUUAGCACUGAACCACAAGGUCCUGCACUAUGGUGACUUGGAUGACAACCCUCAAGGAGAGGUGACAUUUGAAUCCCUGCAGGAGAAAAUUCCUGUUGCAGACAUUAAGGCCAUCGUCACUGGGAAAGAUUGUCCGCACAUGAAAGAGAAAAGUGCUCUGAAACAGAACAAGGAGGUGUUGGAACUGGCCUUCUCCAUCCUGUAUGACCCUGAUGAGACCUUGAACUUCAUCGCUCCUAAUAAAUAUGAGUACUGCAUCUGGAUUGAUGGCCUCAGUGCCCUUCUAGGUAAGGACAUGUCCAGUGAGCUGACCAAAAGUGACCUGGAUACCCUGCUGAGCAUGGAAAUGAAGCUGCGGCUCCUGGACCUGGAGAACAUCCAGAUCCCCGAAGCACCGCCACCAGUCCCCAAGGAGCCCAGCAGCUAUGACUUCGUCUAUCAUUACGGCUGAGCCUGGAGCCAGACGACAGUACCCAGGAGGGAUUUGGGCCCAGGAGAGACACUCAGCUCUGGUGCCUUGUCUUUUGCUUGUACAGAAACUACAGUGACGGUGGUGGCCAGUAAAUGCCAGCCACUCCUCAAACCCACCUCAGACCACCCAGAGCUUCCUCCUGGUCCCUGUCCAUAGGAGUCAUGGAGGCCGGGUGCUUGCCUUCCCAUCACCACGAAGCCUGGGAUUGGGCCAUGAGGAAUGAAUGAUAGGUGCCCUUGCCUUCCAGCCUAGAAACUGUGUCUUGAACUGGGCUUAACAGCAGCUACCCACCUUUCCUUCCUGAGCCUGCUCUUGUUGGCGGGAUCCCAUAUGAGCCAGAGAUGGCUCAGGAAAAGCUGCCUGCAGAGGACAGGUGAACCGGGCAUGUUGAGAGCCUUGGAGUGGCUCCCUGUGGGUGGAUUUGAAUGUGGGCCUUGGGCCUUUGCUUUGUCUUCACGAGGGCUCACUCCAGCCUCAUCCGGUGCCAAGAUGCUGCUGCUUCUGAGGUUUGACUCUGACAUCUCUGGUCUCCAGAGCUAUCAGAUCUCUCUUGUCCAUGCAGGCAUCAGGACAGAUGGAAGUUUCUCCAUACAAGCUCUCAGUCUCAUCCUGGCCAGGCAGAGACCUCCAAGUCCUGCCCUCUUAGUCUCCAGGAACACUGCAGGGAAAGCCCCGUUAAGGCCUAGGCCUAGACUGUGGUGAUGUCACAGGAUUCCACCUGGUCACCCCUACAUUUGUAUCUUUUCCUUCCUGGGGAAAUCUCGCAUUGGCUUGAGCUGCAGCCCCUCCGGUUUGUUUUCCCUUGGCCUUCCAGACUAGGAAGUUUGCCUCUCCUUCUCUCCCUUCCUAGUGCUGUGGUUUCUGCCAUUGGCCAUGAUUUCAAGGGAGCUGGCUGGGGUCAGCCAAGGCCACAGCUGUGCCAUGGGGCUUCCCUGGUGCUUCAGCACUUGAACCACAUGCACAUCCUCUCCCCCUGGGCCUGUUAACACAGUGGCAUUCAGUAUUGAUACCCCGGCAUGGUAGGUACUACCCAAUGAAGAGCGUACUAUAUAUUUUCUUUACUAUAGGCCAUACUUAUACAGAACAUGUAUAUAUAUUUAUAUAAGAUCUACCUAUCCUAGGACAGAAUGUUUGCAGGGCAGUAAAAUGGGAAAAAAGUAACACUCCCAAUCAUGAGCCAAGAGCAACCAGAGAACAGCCAGGAGCUUCCUGUCAGUAACCAGGUUUUCAAUAAAUACUCUUUGAUGUACAAAUUGUGGUUCCUGUUAACAGCUGUUUCCCUGCCCAAGGGUGGAGUCACCUUGGCAGUCUUCAUUUUAGUAUACCUGGGAGACUAGAGAACUCCAGCUGGAGCCAUUAGCUACCUUCCAAGAGCCCCUUCCUCUUCCAGACACCCCCACCACACGGCACACACCUGCUGGUGAAGAAUGCUCACAGAUUGUUGUACUGGGACAGUGUUUCCUUCUCAGGCUUGCUGGGUACAGCAGGGAAAGGCAUUCUGUACACCCCCAUGAACACAUCCUGCCUCUUGCCCCGUCAGGGAACAGUGUGAGCCCUCAUGCCUUACACAGAGGUCCUUCACCCUGUGUCGCCUGCGCUUAGUGCCCAGCCUUCCAGCUGGUGUUCAAGGCUGUUGCUCCAGUCCACAGCC